CAAAAAAAAACAGAACGCAGCAUGCUCCUACAAAGAGACAGCCCCCUUUAGAACAUACAGUCACACAGCAUCAACACGAGAGCAAAGAGGAAGAAAGCACAGGAAAAUGUCAAGGCAUCAGAUUUUCUGCUGAGAUCUGGCUUCAAGAACAGAGACAAACGCAUAAAGAGAGAGAAGAGGAGCAGCAGACUGGUCCGCAGUCAUGGUCUUUCAGUACAAAGACAAGGAGCAGUCCUCCAACCUGCUCCUGCAGCUCAACAGACUGAGACAGGAGAACAUCCUGACCGAUGUGUCACUAUGUUCGGAUAACACAGAGAUUCCAUGUCAUCGUAACGUCUUGGUCUCCAGCAGCCCCUACUUCAGAGCCAUGUUCUGCAACAACUUCCUAGAGACACAGCAGACCAAGAUUAACUUGAAGGGUGUCACAUCUGCCAUUCUGAGCAGAAUCAUCGACUAUGUUUACACAGGACUCAUCAGUAUCAGCAUGGAUAUUGUGCUGCCUCUGAUGCAGGCGGCAUCCAUGUUGCAAUAUGGCCGCCUCUUUGAGGCAUGCUCUAGCUUCCUCCAGGAGCAGCUGAGCCCUGACAACUGUUUGAGCAUGAUAAGACUCUCUGAAAUCAUGAAUUGCAACAGUCUGAGAGACAAAGCAAAAGAAAUGGCCAUGAAGAGCUUCUCCGAUGUGUCGGCAUCGGAGGAUCUGUGUGAGCUCUCCUUACCAGAGCUCAUGGGAUAUCUGGAGGAUGAUGGUCUCUGCGCGGAGGAGGAGCAGGUCUUUGAGACGCUUGUUGCUUGGAUCCACCAUGAUCCUAUUUCCAGACGUGGUGCCAUCAGUGACCUUUUCAAGAAAGUUCGCCUCCGCUACAUCCAUCCCACCUACCUCUUCCAAUUCAUUGCCAACGACCCUCUAAUCCAGUCCUCCACCCUCUGCACCGAGCUCAUAGAAUCUGUGAGACGCCUGAUGUUUUCCUUCAGCACAAAAUGCAUCGAUAACACAGCAGCUGAAUUCAAACCUCUGUGGGUGGCAUCGAGGCGCUACUCCUGCCACGACAUGUUGGUGGUGGUAGGAGGGAGGAAGAACAACGAGCAGACUUCGAGGGAGGCCCUCGUCUUUGAUGAGAAGAGCGAGAAAUGGCAGCGACUCGCCAAGCUGCCCAUUCGUCUGUACAAAGCCUCCUAUGUCGCCCUUCACAGUGUGUUUUAUGUUAUUGGAGGCCUGACGACAAACACAAAGCACAGCCAAGUCAGUGCAACCGUCUACACCCUCUCUCUCAAGACUAACCAGUGGCGGACUGCAGAACCCAUGCUGGAGCCACGCUUCGCCCACCAGAGUGUCUCCUACCUCCACUUCAUCUUUGUCCUGGGAGGCCUUGGACCAGAUAAAAGACUGACAGGCAGUGUGGAGAGGUACAACAGUAUGUUCAACCAGUGGGAGUCUGUGACACCUAUGCCUGAGGCUGUCUUGCACCCUGCAGUGGCUGCUACUAAUCAGAGGAUCUAUGUGUUUGGAGGGGAGGAUGCCAUGCAGAACCCUGUCAGAUUAAUACAGGUGUAUCACAUUGCCAGGAACAUGUGGUCUAAGAUGGAGAACAGAACAGUGAAGAAUGUGUCUGCUCCUGCUGCCAUUGCAGAUGACAAAAUCUACAUCAUUGGAGGAUACACCAGGAGAGUGAUCGCAUACGACACCAAGGCCAACCAGUUUAUCAAGUGUGCCAACCUGAAGGAGAGGAGGAUGCAUCACUCGGCAACUGUCCUCAACGACAAAGUCUAUGUCACCGGUGGACGUCACAUCAAUGGCCACAACGUCAUCGAGGACUCUGACAGUUUUGAGUGCUAUGAUCCAAAGACAGACACUUGGACAUCUAAGGGGACUCUGCCAUGUAAACUGUUUAACCAUGGCUCGCUGUCUCUGACACAUGUCUCACAGACAUGGGCGAAAUCAUAGAUGAGGUCUGAUUUCAUUUUUUAGCAGAUCCCCACUAUUCCCACUUUCAUGAGUAAUAGACUUUUUAAAAGUCCCUGACUCACUAAAUCAAGCAUACCUCAAGUAAUUAAAACAUACAUAUAUUACAUUUAUAUGACUUUUUAAAUACCUGAGUCAUUUUUAUACCUGGAAAUAUACUUUCCUGUGUUCCAUGUCUUUUCUAUGUUUUUGUUUUAACAGCCAAACCUAUGCACACAAGCUGUCCUGCUGCACAGCCCUCUUCUCAACCUGUCUGACUCCACAAAGGGUGAAAGUGCUAUUUUCAGCCCGCACUAAAUCAUGAGAUUUCACUUGUCAUGUUUAAAUCCUGGGGCUGUGUACUGUUUGGUGCAAGUCAGAGCUGUGCUCAGCUGUUGGGUCUGAACCUGGUGCUUUGUCUGUGAACUUUUGGAUCAUUGUCUGUUACUGUAAUGCAAAAUGAUGAUGAAAGUAUUGUGAUAACAUUGUUACCAAAUAUUUCAUGCAGUGGUGAAAU